AUGGGCCCAGUUCGGUCGUUACGGCGUACGAAUCCGCUCACUUUGAUUGUGGGUGUGGUCUUAUGUAUCAUAAUAUUCGUAUUUCUAUUCUCACCAACCAACGCCGACGCAGCAGCAUCGCAAUUAAGAAGAGCCAGCGCGGCAUCCAAUCCUCUCUCACCACCCACCUCUCCCUUUCGCAAACAAAAUGAAGCUACGAAAAGUGGUAAACGGAUACCACCGCCCGUGGUUCAUUACCAUAUGAAUAACGUUACCAGCACCGCCGAUCCUAUGGGGAAUCGAGAAAUGAUUCUCAUUUUGACACCGUUGGCAAGAUUUUAUCAAGGAUACUGGGAUAAUCUGUUGAAGCUUUCGUAUCCGCAUGAGCUUAUUACUCUCGCUUUCAUCAUCCCCAAGAAUAAGGAAGGAAAUGCUGCCACGGCAGCGUUGCAGGAGCAAGUUACCAAAACACAAAAGUCCGGACCGGAGAAGAAUCGAUUCGCAAGUAUCAUUAUUGAACGACAAGACUUCGAUCCACCUCUUGCAUCUCAAUCCGAAACCGAAAGACACAAGAUGGAAAAUCAAAAGGCUAGAAGAUCUGCCAUGUCCAGAGCCAGAAACUCCCUUCUGUUUACUACUCUUGGACCGUCUGUAUCUUGGGUUCUAUGGUUAGAUUCGGAUGUUAUUGAAUCGCCUCCAACUCUGAUACAGGAUUUGGCUUCUCACGACAAAGCCAUCAUUGUGCCCAACUGCUUCCAGAGAUACUACGAUACAAAAGACAAACGAAUGUCAGAGCGCGCCUACGACUUCAACAGCUGGCAGGAUAGUGACGUUGCACAAAAACUCGGGGAUUCCAUGGGUCCUGAUGAUAUUCUAUUGGAGGGGUACGCUGAUAUGGCUACAUAUCGAACAUUGAUGGCAUAUCUUGCCACCGAUUCUGGAGAUGCCAAGACGGAAGUACCACUAGAUGGAGUGGGAGGAACGGCUUUAAUGGUCAAGGCAGAGGUCCAUCGUGAUGGAGCCAUGUUUCCUCCUUUUGCUUUCUAUCAUUUGAUUGAGACGGAGGGAUUUGCUAAGAUGGCAAAGAGAUUGGGUUGGAGUGCUUUUGGUUUGCCUAAUUAUAAGGUCUACCAUUAUAACGAUGGUAGUGGUAGUGUUAGUGUUAGUGUUAGUGGUAGUGGUAUUGAUAUUGUUACUGCUAUUGUUAUUGCUAUUGUUAGUGGUAGUGUUAGUGUUAGUGUUAGUGUUAGUGUUAGUGUUAGUGUUAGUACUCGACUUGACUGA